AGUAUUCACACAUACACCACACACACCAUUCACACACACCAACACAUCACACACCACUCACACACCCCACACUCCCCCACCAUUCACAGCAACAUACAUACACACCAUUCGCAAUCAUACCAACACACCACACACACCACUCACACCACUCAACACAUACACACCAUUCAUACACACACCACACAUAUGCCACUCACAACAUACAUGCACUCCAUUCACAUACACACACCAUUCGGACACACCACACACACACCACCCACACCACUCACAUCAGCACAUACACAGCAUUCACACACACCACACACACAACUCACACACAUCACACAUCAUUCUCAACAAUACACAUUGCUCGCACACCACUCAUAUACAUACACCCCCACACAGGACACACACCACAAACCACACAUGCACACACCAUUCACAUCAAUAAACACACCAUACGCACACCACACACAUGCACCACUCACAGAAAUCUCACCACACAAACCACUCAAACCAACAUACACACCACACACACACCACAAACACACAUCACACUACUCACACACAUACCACAGACACCUCUCUCACCACACACACACACCACUUACACACAAACCACACACACAGCCCACCCCAGACCUGACAGGGAACAGCCUCCUCCUCGCUGAUAGUAGGAGGACCUCCCCGAGGUCAGGAAGCAGUGUCUAUUCAUUUGUCGUAUGGAAUCACCACACCCUUCAGUGA